AUGUCUGGAUUUUCAGGAUUCGGCCAAAACAAUAACAGCGGUAGCUCGACAGGCGCUUUCAGCUUUGGUGCCAAGCCUGCCGGUACCAACCCUCCCGCAGGCGGAUCCCUCUUCGGUCAACAGCCAGCUCAACCAGCUCAACCAUCAACAUCAUUAUUUGGUGGUGGAGCGUCAUCUAAUACACCUGCAUCUCAACCCGCAUCAGGAGCAUUUUCGUUUGGCGGUACAUCCGCUACUAAUCAACCUUCAAGUGGAGGAUUGUUCGGAGGAGGAUCAAAUACUGCUCCUGCACCUGCAGCAGGAGGAAGUAUGUUUGGUGGCGGAGGAGCAGCGGCAGCAGCUCCUGCAGGUGGAUCAUUAUUCGGUGCUAAACCAGCUGGAUCAAAUACUCCUGGAACAUCGACUCCUACACCUUUCUCAUUUGGAAGUGGAACUCCCGCGGCAUCUGCAGUUGCACCUGCGCCCACUGCUCCCUCAGGUGGAAGUCUUUUUGGUGGAUUUGGUCAGAAUAACAACAACAACACUACUGCAAGUACAGGAUCCACUACGCCUGCUUCCAAACCUCCUUUUGGUGGAUUCGGAUCAACUACACCAGCCGCUGCACCACCUUCUACAGCUAAUACAGGCGGAGGGUUAUUCGGUUCUAAACCCCCAGCUCCUGCUGGAGGAAGUUUAUUUGGUGGAUCAGGAACUUCGACACCUACUACCACUGCUGCCCCUGCCAGCGGUGGUCUAUUCGGUGCUAAAACUGUAGAAAGUAGUACUCCCGGUACACCUGCUGGAAGUUUAUUUGGUGCUAAGCCAGCUGAAACUACAACCACCCCAGCUGCAGCUCCUCCAACGGGAGGGUUCUCAUUUGGCAAUAAGCCUGCUGCACCUACUUCCGCUGCUGCUCCAUCAACAUCCCUCUUUGGGUCCGCCCCUACUGCGUCAUCAGCAGAUGCCAACAAGCCUGCUGCCCCUGCCUCCGGGGGCAUGUUUGGUGGUGGAUCAGGGACCAGCUUGUUCGGUGCGAAACCGACCGAGCCAGCAAAGACCGAUACACCUACACCUGCUGCUCCUUCUUCAAGUUUAUUCGGAGGUGCCGGUACAACUAAACCCGCUGAAGCUCCUAAACCCUCUGGUGGAUUCUCCUUCGGUAAUCUAGGUGGAAAGACUGCAUCACCCGCUCCGACACCAUCUUCUUCCACUCCAGCUGCUCCUGAAGCUCCCAAGACUGGCGGUUUCUCAUUCGGUAAUCUGGGCGGAGGUGCAGCUGCUACAGAUAAACCCAAAGAAGCUACUAGCGCAGAAGCACCUAAAUCUGGAGGAUUCAGCUUCGGCGGAGGUGCAGCUGCACCCGCUGCAACAGCUCCCACCGGCGACCAAAAUAAAGCUUCUGAAGUACCUAAACCUGCUGGCGGAUUCAAUUUCGGUAACCUCGGAGGGUCUUCGAAACCCGCAGAAACAAGUGCGCCAGCUGCUGGUUCAAGUCUCUUUGGCGGUGCCACCAAACCUGCUGAAACGGCUGCAACGACCUCUGCUCCCGCCUCUGGAGGCUUAUUUGGUGCAAAACCCACAGCUCCUGCUACUGCUCCGACUGCUGCUUCAACUUCCACGCCUGCUGGAGCAAACCAAAAUACAGCACCUGCAGCUGGACCGUCGAGCGAACCUGCUCCUAACCUUUUACGGGGAAAAACAUUGGAGGAUAUCGUUGAUGGAUGGACCAAAGAUCUUGAUUCUCAAGUCAAAGAAUUCGAGAAACAAGCUGGUGAAGUUCGGGAAUGGGAUAAGGUCUUAGUGAGAAAUGGUAAUCAGAUCACCGCUCUGCAUAGACAGGUGUUGGAAGCCCAGCAAAACCAAGCUGCAGUAGAUAAGGCUUUGGAUUAUAUUGAAACUCAACAAAAGCAACUUGAGAGUAUGAUGGGAGUGUAUGAAAAAGAAAUUUCUAAAUUAUCGAAUGACAACACUAGACCUUUGGCGGCGAAGAUGCCUGCUGAUAGGGAAAGAGAGAAAUCAUACACUUUAGCUGAAGAUUUGAAUAAACAACUGGAUGAUUUAUCAAGAAAUCUGGGACAAAUGAUCGAAGAAGUAAACAAAUUGUCAACUUCAUCAAAUUCACAUGCCACGUUAGACUCAUCUAUAAAUGGAAUACCAGCUACACCAUCAGCUUCAAUCGCAGAUGCUGCAUCUCAAAUACCUGACGAUCCAAUCAAUCAAUUAUCAGCCAUCUUAGGUGCUCAUCUGAGAGCGCUGAAUAGCAUUGAUAGUAAUGCAGGUCGAUUAGAAGGUAAAGUAGGUGAAUUAGAAGGUAGGAUGGGAAGUGGAAAUUCUAUAAACGAUAGAAGAGGUUGGGGAUUACCUAGACGAUGA